CGUCAACACUAUCCGACUGUGACUGUUGACUGAUAAUACGACAUAAUUGAACUUCGCAUUUAAUCAUAUAUCAUAAUCAUUUUCGGUGUUUUACUGUUUUAUAUAUUUAAGCAAUAACAGAUUUAUUUAUCUUAUUUAAAAACAAAACAAUGGUCCUUGAAUACAUCUAAGAAAAUGAAGCUCUCAAUGAAUACACUACUUAUCUUUCUGUUAGGCUUAACGAUAUACCCUUCGGCUAGUGCCAAUGACAAUCUUCUUCGAUUCUCUAGAGCCGCUCUAGCCAACAACGCCAAAGUAAACCUCAUCGAUAAUCCGGCUUGUCCGGAAAUAAAAAAUCUGUGCGACCACUCAAAGUCACUUGAUGACCUUUCCAUUCUUGAAUGUAUAGAAACAUUUCCACCUCACCAACUGGAAUCUCUAACCAACAAGUGCCAGCAAGUCAUUUGGAAUAGCAAAAGACUCCUACUCGCUGACCAUUCAGUUCAUCAACUUGUUGACCAACCGUGUGAGAAACAUGAGGCAAAGCUAGCCGAGUGUUACAAUUCAAUUGCGGCUGCAAAUUCCGCUGAUGGGACGUUCCUCUCCUGUCUUAUCGAUAAGAGCUCAACCCUUGACCAACAGAGCCCGUGCAAAAAUGUGAUCCAGCGUAUUCAAAGUGUUGUCUUCAAUGACUUUCGGUUUCUGAAUGAGUUCUUUCAGGGGUGCGACAACGAUAUACAACAGCUGCACUGUGGCCGGAUGAAUGUCGAGCGAACUGCAGUCUCCCAAAUAGAGACAGUAGCCUGCCUGCAGGAUUCACUGGACAAUUUAAGUCCAACGUGCAAGAGUUCAGUUGGGAAACAUAUUGAAUACCAAUUCACUCAGAUAUGUGGGGACGACCUGCGCCGCUUCUGUGUCAGUGAGCAUCCAGGAACAAGUGCUGCCUACAAGUGCCUCGUGAAGCACAAAAGCAACCCCGACAUGACCGGCAAGUGUAGGGAGCAAAUAAUUCAACGUGACAAGAUCCUCGCCAAGGAUUAUCGCAUGAGCAGAGGACUCGCAAAGGCAUGCAAAGAUGACAUUCGUGUUCAUCAUUGCAGGCGUGGGGUGUCCGAUGAUAAGAAUGUUCGCUUGGCGCAGAUCUUACUCUGUCUUGAGUCCGUCAUCAAAAACGGAACCAAAAUAUUGGAAGAGUGCAGGAUAGAAAUCAAUGAUCACCGUCGAAUGUUGUUGCUGGACUAUCAGCUAUCGCCAGAGAUCCUCAUUGGAUGUGCCGACGAUAUACCAAAGUUUUGCGGUGAUAACGAUUUCAUUCAAAACACAGCAGGUGGUGAGAUCAUUCAUUGUCUCAUGGAUCACGCACGUCCAAAGCGUCGCAAGGAUCGUCGAGUAACAUCGACGUGUCAGAGAGCCAUUGAACAGCUUGUGAAGACAUCGGACGUUGGAGAAGACUGGCGGGUUGAUCCAGUAUUACGACGCGCCUGCAAGCCUGUAGUCGAUGUUGCAUGCACCGACACAGAUGGUGGGGAGGCUAGAGUGAUGACAUGUCUAAUGGAACACAUUGGCACCCAGGUCAUGACCCCAGAUUGUGAACAAGCUCUACUUUUGAUACAAUACUUUGUGGCCAGAGACUUCAAACUUGAUCCGCAACUCUACAAAAACUGCAAGCAAGAUGCAGUUAAAUACUGCAGAGCCAAGAAAUCCUGGGACGAUGUCAACGACGCUCAAAUGGAUCCCGAACGAGGGCCUCUAAUAUUGCCAUGUCUGCAUCGAAUCGCAUACAGCGCCGAUACCAAGAUAGUGCUGCGCAGUGAAUGCUACAAGGAGGUCAAGCGGGUGAUGCGACAGAGAGCAAUAUCGGUUGAACUUAUUCCCGAAGUCGAAGAUGUGUGUCUUGAGGAUUUAUCAACAUUCUGCUAUGACAAAACCAAGAAAGGCGAGGAGAUGAAUUGUCUACAGGAAAAUCUCGAAAAACUCCAAACUAAUUGCAAGGCAGCGGUGACGAGUUAUACAGAGGAAGAAGCUGGUCAUGUGGAAUUGAAUCCAAUUAUAAUGUCAGUAUGUUCCGACGCGAUGAACACGCAUUGUGGACAUAUUUUAAAGAGAAAGGAUGAUGGAGAUAUGAUGGAUUGUUUGAUUUCACACAAGAAUGACGCCGAUCUUCGUCAGGAUUUAAAAUGUCGAGCAGCAAUUGAACAUUUUCAAAUAAUUUCACUUAAGAACUACCACUUCACUUAUAAGUUCAAAGAAGCUUGCAGACCAUAUGUGGUGCGGUUCUGCGCUGCCAGCACGACCAAAAACGAAGUGGUGUCCUGUCUGAGUGAAGUCAUGCGAAACGACACGAUUCGGGGACAGCGCCAUUCGAUUCCCAAAGAAUGUCGACAACAAGUCAAAGCGCAACUCUACCAGCAACGAGAAAGUAUUCUUCUCGACCCAAAAUUGGCAAAUGCUUGCAAAAAGGAACUUUCUGAGUUUUGCAAUGACGCGACGGGACCUGGCCAGGUGAUGAAAAAUGCUUUGGAAUGCCUCUCGACGAACACAGCCCGACUUGGUAACUCUUGUCACCAUGCCAUGUUCUUGGUGAAGAAAUCUGAGCUCGGAGACAGUGCCACAGACUACACUUUGGUUAAUACCUGCCGCGAAAUGACUUAUAAGUUUUGUCCUAGCUACGAUACAUCAAGACUGCUGGAUUGUUUAAAGGUGUACAAAGAUGACCCGCAAUUCGAUUCAAGAUGUCAUUUGGUUGUAGUUAAUCGAAUGAUUGAACAAAAUACGGAUUUCCGGUUUAAUCCGUCCCUACAGUUGGCCUGUGGCAAGAAUAUUGACCAAUAUUGCUCACACAUAGUGGCACAAGCCAAGCCAUACGAAGAAUUAAAUGGAAAAGUUAUUGAGUGUUUGAAAAUAAAGUUCCGUGAAGCACGAUUAGAAGAGAAAUGCGAGCAGAAGAUUAACAUCAUACUGCAUGAUCAGGCGCUGAACUAUAAACUGAAUCCGUUGCUAUUGAGUUUUUGUAAAUCAGAAAUUGAAGUACUUUGUAAGCCGAGAGGUGAGAUCGAAGAGCAUGGAAUUGUCGAAGAGUGUCUGAAAACAGCAUUUCUCAAUCAAAAAAUCAUAAAUCGGGAAUGUAAAAUCGAAGUGGCGACAUUGAUCGCAGAAGCCAAAGCAGACAUUCAUGUGGAUCCAAUUCUUGAAGAAGCAUGUACCGUUGACUUACUGAGAUACUGUUCGAAUGUAAAAAGCGGAAAUGGAAGAAAAUUAAAAUGCCUGCAGACUAUCCUGCAAGAUCAAUCAAAAGCAAUGGAAGAGGACUGUCGGAAUAAACUUCGCCGUCGCAUCGAAAUGUUCCAAAACGCCGAUACUGUUUUAGCACUGCCUCCAGAAAACAUGGAACAACUGGUGAGCCAAGUGAUAUCAUCGCCAGCUAAAAGAUUUUUCUUAGUGAUAUUACUUACAUGUUUGGGAAUGGUGUUCAUCAUGGGCAUGUUCUUGGGUCGAUUUUCUAAACGGGCGAUGACCUCGAAAAAUAAAUAGAUGCUGCUUGUGCCAGCGACAAUGAUCUUUUCGUUCUACUUAAUUAGCUUUUUUUAUCCAAAAGUCCAAUAUUUUGCUGCGUCAUUAUCGUUAUCUUGGAUUUAUUUACUUUUAAAUUGUGUGUUUAUUCUAGUUAUAUCGUCGCCUCAACACAAAACUACCAAAAAUAAAAACAAAGCAAAUCAUAUUAAGUCCAGUUAAUGAUAGGUUUAAAGAAGUUUGUCUCAGCAAGAAUUAAAUUCAGGUUUAAAUUUUAUAAAAUAUCGAAAAAGGAGGCACAUAAAAAAGUCUGUGCUUCUAAAUCAUUUUUGUUGUAUCUAAAGAUUAAAAAUUAAACAAUGUAAAUUAUUUUCAAAGGUAUUAAAAGUCGAAUUGAAUCUUCAAAAA